AUGGCGCCCUACUUGCUUCCUCGCCACGGCUCCUGGGUUCCGGAGCCCCGGGUCCGCCGCACCCACGGCUCCUGGGCUCCGGGCCGUCCCGGUCCGGACGGCGCCGCCGGCUGCGGGGCCUCGGUCCGCCGCGCCUCGGGCCCCUCUCGCGGCCGGGCCCGGCGCCGGGCUCCUCGAUCCGGGGCGGCCGCGGCCGCCGCCGAGCUCCCAGCGUGGCACCUCCACGCUGAGCCGUCAAGGUCGGGGGCGGCGGGGGUGGCCGGCGAGGCCGGGUCGGACUCUCCUCCAAAGCCUGAGAGCCGGCUCCUGGGUGGGGGAGGAACCGUGGGGUCGGGGGUCGGUGGGGGAGACCCGGCCGGAGGGACUCCUGAGACGCUCCCGGGACCCGGGCGUCCCCCAGCCGCCCGUGGCUCGGGGAGAGGUCGCCGGCCCUGCCCGCCGCGCCCCUUCGGCCCCGUCCUCCGCCGGCCCUCCCCGGAGGGCAGCGGGCGGAGAGGGGCGCCGGGGGUCGGGAGGGGCCCCGGCCGGCCCGAGGGAGGCGGGAGAGGCGGACCCGCCACGGGCCUCGCUGGCCGCGGCCCGGCCCCUAGGCUCCCCGGGGCCGGGGAAAGCCCGUCUCCGGGCGGCCGCUUCUCCCCGGGGCGGCGCGCCCUCCCGGGAGCCCCCCGAAAGGCUCUCCGGCUCCAACGCGGCGGGGGUUCGCUUUGCCCCCGCCGGGACGGCCGGCCCGCGGGGCCGUGGACGGCGUCGGGUCGGCCCAGGGUGGAAGCUCUACGGGGGAGAGGGGCCGGCGCCGGCCCGGGGACCGCUCGGGACGCCCCGGGAGCCGUGACGCUGCCGCUCUCCACGGCCCGCCGGCCUCCGGCGGCGAGAAGGGCGCCCGCCAUGGCCCCGCCGCGCCCGCCGCCGCUGGCGGCCGUGGUGGUGGCGGCGGCGGCGGCGGCGGCGGCCCUGCUGCCCGGCGGGGCGGCCGCCUGCCCGACGGCCUGCGUCUGCCAGAACCUGUCCGAGUCCCUGAGCACCCUGUGCGCCCACCGGGGCCUGCUGUCCGUGCCGCCCGACGUGGACCGGCGCACGGUGGAGCUGCGGCUGGCCGACAACUUCAUCCGGGCCCUGGGCCCGCCCGACUUCCGCAACAUGAGCGGCCUGGUGGACCUGACCCUGUCGCGCAACGCCAUCGCCCGCAUCGGCGCCCGCGCCUUCGGCGACCUGGAGAGCCUCCGCUCCCUGCACCUGGACGGCAACCGGCUGGCCGAGCUGGGGGCGGCCAGCCUGCGGGGCCCGGUCAACCUGCGGCACCUGAUCCUCAGCGGCAACCAGCUGGGCCGCAUCGCGCCGGGGGCCUUCGACGACUUCCUGGCCAGCCUGGAGGACCUGGACCUGUCCUACAACAACCUGCGCCGGGCGCCCUGGCCGGGCGUCGGGGCCAUGCUGGAGCUGCACACCCUCAACCUGGACCACAACCUCAUCGACGCGCUGCCCCCCGGGGCCUUCGCCCGGCUGGGCCGGCUGUCCCGCCUCGACCUGACCUCCAACCGGCUGGCCACGCUGGCCCCGGACCCGCUCUUCGCCCGGGGGCCGGGGGCCGGGGCCCCGCCGGCCUCCUCGCCCGCGCCCCCGCUGUCCCUGAGCUUCGGCGGCAACCCGCUGCACUGCAACUGCGAGCUGCUGUGGCUGCGGCGCCUGCCCAGGCCGGACGAGCUGGAGACGUGCGCCUCGCCGCCGGGCCUGGCCGGGCGCUACUUCUGGACCGUGCCCGAGGGCGACUUCUCCUGCGAGCCCCCGCUCAUCGCCCGCCACACGCAGCGCCUCUGGGUGCUGGAGGGCCAGCGGGCCGUGCUGCGCUGCCGGGCCCUGGGGGACCCCGCCCCGGCCACGCACUGGGUGGGGCCCGACGACCGCCUGGUGGCCAACUCCUCGCGGGCCCGGUCGUUCCCCAACGGGACCCUGGAGAUCGGCGCCGCGGGCGCCGGGGACGCCGGGGCCUACGCCUGCGUCGCCACCAACCCGGCCGGGGAGGCCACGGCCCGGGUGGAGCUGCGGGUCCUGGCCCUGCCCCGCGGCGGCGACGCCGGCGGCCCGGGCGGGCGGCCGGGGCCCUCGGACAUCGCCGCCUCGGCCCGCGCCGCCGCCGAGGGCGAGGGGGCCCGCGGGGCCGGGCCGGCCGUGGCCGUGGCCGAGGUGACGGCCACCUCGGGCCUGGUCAGCUGGGGGCCCGGCCGGCCGGAGGAGCCCGUCUGGACGUUCCAGAUCCGGUACAACAGCAGCGAGGACGAGACCCCCAUCUACCGGAUCAUCCCGGCCUCCAGCCGCCACUUCCUCCUGAGGCACCUGAUCCCCGGGGCCGACUACGACCUGUGCGUCCUGGCCCUGUCGCCGGCCGCCGCGCCCUCGGACCUCCCGGCCCCCCGGCUGCUGGGCUGCGCCCGCUUCUCCACCCCGCCGGCCACGCCCCUGUGUCGCGCCCUGCGGGCCCACGUCCUGGGUGGGACCCUGACCGUGGCCGUGGGCGGCGUCCUGGUGGCGGCCUUACUGGUCUUCACGGUGGCCUUGCUGGUUCGGGGCCGGGGGGGCGGGGCCGCCCGCCUCCCCCUCAAGCUCAGCCACGUCCAGUCGCAGACCAACGGCGGCCCCGGCCCCGGCCCCGAGCCCCACCCUCCCCGAAGCCCUCCGCCCCGUCCCCAGCGGAGCUGCUCCCUGGACCUGGGGGAGGGGGCCGGUUGCUACGGCUACGCCAAGCGUCUGGGAGGGGUCUGGGCCCGCCGGAGCCACUCGGUCCACGGGGGGCUCCUGGCCGCGGCCCGUCGGGGGACGGGGGGCAGCGGAGAGCGGCUGGAGGAGAGCGUGGUGUGA